CUUCAUUGUUGUCGUCGUUCUAUUCAUUCAAACUCGACUCAUCGCAUAUCUCCCAUCUCCUCAUACCCCCCUCCCACCCCCCUCACGCUCCUUACCCCUAUUCUCAUCGCCAGAGUCGCUUUUCUCUUUCUCGCAACUCUCGCUUCCAUGUCGCCACUCUAAAACAAGGCCGUACCCCCUUGAACCCACCACUUCCCUAGAGAUCGCGCGAUCUCGCACUGGCGCACUCUACACAGCCUCGCCAUCGCCUCGCUCACCCAUCUUUCUUGCGCAAUCCCAUCCUCCUUCCAUCCCAACGCACUCCAUUCCAUCCCCUACGCGUGCACAUGGACAUCACGGCCCCCAGCGGCGCGGGGGGCUCGUCCCCGCGCCUCAAACCCGGCCGACCGCGCGCAACCACCACAUCGACACAGGCGACUCAGAUAGCCAGCCCGACCCCGACCGCCGUUACCACGAUGAGCAAUGCCUCAGGCAACCGCAAGGUCCGCACCGUACCUCCCUCCGCCAUGCUCGACCCUCCCACACCCACGGGCGAGAGCAAUCCCACCUUUGACACUGCGCGCAUCGAGCAUCCAAAGCGUCGCAAGCGGCGCUUCCGUCAUUGGACAUCCAGCGAGGAGUCCUCUGACUCUGACGAUGACGACGAGGAUACCGACGACGAGCCGGCUUGGUGGACUUUCACUCAGACCGGAGUGGCCAAGCUCAGAUCACGGUGGAACGAGCGCCCCACGCCCCCGCCCCCCGGCCAAAGAGGAUCGAUCUCGGAGGCUCACCAUGACAGUGGUGGCUCUGACGCAGAGUCGGGGCGCGAAUCGAUUCGCGCGAGGUUUACUCGCCGUCGCCUUCCAUUUUCCUCGACUCCGCCGAGACAAAACUCUGGAGGCUCCACAACACCGCGGGCCCGCGACGCCGCAGCUCGCAUCUUCCACCCGCGUCCUCUGCGAGCAUCUUGGAUCCGCGGAUCAUCAACCGACGUCGUGGAGACGCCGGCGUCAGUCAACGCACCAGAACUCCCGCGCCCAACGUCUGCCCCUGCCGAAGAUCAGCUGAAAGCGGACGUCACACUCAACUCCCCCGACAUAAGCCAUCACGACACUGGGCACGACACAGAUACACCGCUUGCGUCGCCGACGAAGCGGCCCAUUGCGAAGCGAUUCUUGUCGAUGCCCCAGCGUCGGAGCCACGACGACACCGCGCUCACUGACUCGGAAGCCGUUGGCGCCACGUCGCCGCGUGUGCGCGCAAAACAGCGUCUUUGGCCGGCACUACAUGGCCCUCUGGCAGAGGAGGACGGAAACGAGGCCGCAGCCGAGUCUGACACGGGGGCUGAGGCAGCAGCGCGCCCUCGGCACCGUCGCCUGAACACGCAGAAUCUGCGCCUGCGUAUUCCCGCGAACGUGUCAGAACACUUCGCUGGAGGCUGGCCGCAUGCAGGCUCAUGGCAACACGCACUGCACUACGGCCUGAUGGACGAGGACGAGAAGCCGCGCCGCCACUCGACGGACCAGAUGCGCCGCCACUCUGAUCAAGGGCACAAUGUGCUCGUCGAUGAGCCUGACAACAUGUCCGUCGGGAAUGGAAGCAUGCAUGGCCACGGGAAUGGAAGUGCCCAAGGCCAUGCGAGCAGCGCGCAAGGGCAUGGCUACCGCACCUCCAUAAACGACACAGACACUUCUACUGGGCAGCAGAAACAUGCCAAGCUCCACCUGGACCUGAGCACAAUCGAGUCCCCGCCGCGCGCGAAGCGCAAGACACGUAAUCGUCGCACCCGCCGGUACCGGCCCGCCAUGGUCCCGCCUACUCCCGGAGCGCACUCGGUCGCGUUCAAUCCCGAACGCACCGUGAUCGGGGCGGAUGUUUGGGGUGACAAUGUUCGCCCGACUCCCGAUCCAGAUACGAACCCCUUCGACCGGGUUAAUCCCUUCGACCGAAUCGACGAGGAGUAUCCGUUCUCGGACGACGCGCGGUCCGAGAAAGUCGGCAUGUUUGGGCGCAAGCGCACACCGCGGCCGCUGGACGGGCUGGACUGGCGCAAGAAAGUGCGCCGCAUGCUGUUCCUCGAUGCGCGCGUGACGAUCUACAUCCGUCUCGUGAACCUCGCGAUCGCCGCGACGCUGAUGGGGCUAAGCAUCGACGUGCGGCAGCGCGUGGGCCGGCUCGCCCUGCGCGGCAUCAUCGGGCCCUCGACGACGCUCAUCAUCGCCUACUCGUGCCUCACGGUCGUGCACGUCCUCACCGCCAUAUACCGCGAAUACUUCGGGCGGCCCAUAGGCUUGUGGGGGCUGCGCUCCAAGAUGCUCUGGGUGUGUCUCGACCUGCUUUUCAUCGCGCUGUGGAGCUCGGCCGCGACGCUGGCUAUCAACGACUACAUCGACACACCGCUCGACUGCACGCCGCUCACGCCGUGGUGGUCCAACGGCAUCGAGUAUGCGGCGACGCCGCGCGCGUUCAUCCAGACCACCCCCGUGCCCGAGGCGCUCAAGACGUCGCCGCUGGCCGCGUCCGUCUGCAGACGCCAGAUCGGGUGUUUUGUCGUCUCCCUCGCUGCCCUCCUCCUCUACUGCGGAAAUAUGGUCCUCUCCCUCUUCCGCAUCUUCGAGACGGUGCGCCGCACCGCUAAUCCCAUCCGCGCCGUGUCGGUUUAACACCAUCUGCGUAUCAUCAUCAGUGUACACCCCAUUCAGAUUUGUGUAGAUACAUGUAGCCUCAUUGUACCGGGUCAUGCACGUUUGUUAUCCCUG